GGGAGAGCGGAGGGUGAGUGCGGGAGCGUCGUCUGCAAGGUAGCCAGUGUAGGGCUCCACUUGGUGACAGCAGCAGUACGUCCCCGCCGCCGCCACCAUGACCACCCCUCAGAGCGACUUGGACAAAAGGAAGCAGAUUUCCGUGAGGGGCAUCGCACAAGUGGAGAAUGUGGCCAACGUGAAGAAGACCUUUAACCGCCACCUGCACUACACGCUGGUCAAGGACAGGAAUGUCUCCACUCCCAGGGACUACUACUUCGCCCUGGCCAACACCGUCAGGGACCACCUCACCUCGCGAUGGAUCAGGACCCAGCAACACUACUACGAGAAGGACCCCAAGCGUGUGUACUACCUGUCGCUGGAGUACUACAUGGGCCGCUCCCUCACCAACACCAUGAUCAACUUGGGCAUCCAGUCUGCCUGUGACGAGGCUCUCUAUCAGCUGGGCCUGGACAUUGAGGAGCUGGAGGCACUUGAAGAGGAUGCUGGUCUUGGCAAUGGUGGUCUGGGGCGUCUGGCUGCCUGCUUCCUUGACUCCAUGGCUACUCUGGGCAUGGCAGCGUAUGGUUAUGGCAUUCGUUAUGAGUAUGGUAUUUUCGCCCAGAAGAUCAAGAAUGGCGAGCAGGUGGAGGAGCCCGACGACUGGCUUCGCUUUGGCAACCCCUGGGAGAAGGCCCGCCCUGAGUACAUGAUCCCUGUCAACUUCUACGGCCGAGUGGAGGACACACCACAGGGCAAGAAGUGGGUGACACUCAGGUGAGGCGACGCUAUUGUGUUUGCCAUGCCCUACGACAACCCAAUCCCCGGCUACAAGAACAACGUCGUCAACACCAUGCGUCUGUGGUCUGCCAAGUCCACCAACAACUUCGAUCUUAAGUUCUUCAACGAUGGCGACUACAUCCAGGCCGUGCUGGACCGCAACUUUGCUGAGAACAUUUCCCGUGUGCUGUACCCCAACGACAACUUCUUUGAGGGCAAGGAGCUGCGCCUGAAGCAGGAGUACUUCAUGGUGGCCGCUACUCUGCAGGACAUCAUCCGACGCUUCAAGGCCUCCAAGUUUGGUUCCAAGGAUGCCAUCCGCACCUCCUUUGACACUUUCCCUGAUAAGGUUGCCAUCCAGCUGAACGACACCCACCCGUCCUUGGCCAUCCCUGAACUGAUGCGCAUCCUGGUCGACAUCGAGGGGCUGACCUGGGCACGUGCCUGGGAGGUGUGCGUCAAGACCUGCGCCUACACCAACCACACGGUGCUGCCCGAGGCCCUGGAGCGCUGGCCCGUCAGCAUGCUGGAGCACAUCCUGCCCAGGCACCUCCAGAUCAUCUAUGAGAUCAACCAUCACCAUCUGCAGGAGGUGGCCAAGAGGUACCCUGGGGACAUGGACCGCAUCCGCAACAUGUCGCUGGUGGAGGAGCAUGGUGAGAAGCGCAUCAACAUGGCCCACCUGUGCAUCGUUGGGUCCCACGCAGUGAACGGUGUGGCGGCCAUCCACUCCGAGAUCAUCAAGCGCGACAUCUUCAAGAACUUCUACGACAUGUUCCCCGAGCGCUUCCAGAACAAGACCAACGGCAUCACGCCGCGCCGCUGGCUGCUGCUGUGCAACCCCACGCUGGCCGAUGCUGUGGCCGAGAAGAUCGGCGAGGACUGGGUGGUGCACCUGGACCAGCUGACCAAGCUGAAGCCGCUGGUGAAUGACAGUGGGUUCAUCCGCACCAUCCAGGUGGCUAAGCAGGAGAACAAGAUGCGUCUGGCCAAGCAGCUGGAGCAGGAGUACGGUGUGAAGGUGAACCCCUCCUCCAUGUUUGACAUCCAGGUGAAGCGUAUCCACGAGUACAAGCGCCAGCUGCUCAACUGCAUGCACAUCAUCACGCUGUACAACCGCAUCAAGGCCAACCCCAGCGGGACCUUCGUGCCACGCACCAUCAUGAUCGGCGGCAAGGCGGCGCCUGGCUACCACACCGCCAAGCAGAUCAUCCGCCUCAUCUGCGCCGUGGCCCGCGUGGUCAACAACGACCCCAUCGUGGGCGACCGCCUCAAGGUCAUCUACCUGGAGAACUACCGUGUCACCCUGGCCGAGCAGAUCAUCCCGGCUGCCGACCUGUCCGAGCAGAUCAGCACGGCCGGCACGGAGGCGUCUGGCACAGGCAACAUGAAGUUCAUGCUGAACGGGCUGACCAUCGGCACGCUGGAUGGUGCCAACAUUGAGAUGAUGGAGGAGAUGGGCCGCGACAACAUCUUCAUCUUCGGCAUGACGGUGGAGGAGGUGGAGGAGCUGAAGCGCCGCGGCUACAACGCCCGCGACUACUACAACAACCUGCCAGAGCUGCGGCAGUGCAUCGACCAGAUCGACAGCGGCUUCUUCUCCCCGAACAACCCAGACCAGUUCAAGGACCUGGUCAACAUCCUCAUGUACCACGACCGGUUCUUCCUCUUCGCUGACUACGAAUCCUACAUCAAGUGCCAGGAUGAGGUGGCCAAGCUGUACCAGAAACCCAAUGAGUGGGCCAAGAAGGCGCUGCUCAACAUUGCCUCCUCCGGCAAGUUCUCCAGCGACCGCACCAUCUCGGAGUACGGCCGGGAGAUCUGGGGGGUGGAGCCCUCCUGGGAGAAGCUGCCAGCGCCCCACGAGCCAAGGGAGACCGAGGAGAGCAGCAAGUAGAGAGUGGUGGGUCAGAGGGAGAGUGUGGCUGGUGGUGUGUGGGGAGGCGGAGGAGCAGCAGGAGGGAAGGUUGUAUGUAGAUAGGCGGCAUUGUUGACAUUUUUACGGAACCGGACGUGGUGACUGACCGAUGAGGUGGUGUUUUCUGGUGACUGACAUGACACAGGGGAGGGAAGGGAGGGUCAGAUGUACUACUACUACUACUACUACUGCUACUUAUACCUAAUUGUAUCAGGUAUCAUUGUAUCAUCACUGUAGAGGGCAAUACUACUAGGCACUUGGCUUUCGUCCCGUGGGAAGGUGAUACACUUCAAUAAAUAAAGGUCUCCUGUGAGGCGUCCUUCCACUGCUCUUCAAUUUGUAUGUAACAGUGUCGCUUGUAGAGAGUUCCUCAGUGGUGGCUUGCUGGGCUGAGGGGUGGGGCGGGGCAAUGGCCGCCGCCACCUGCUAGUCACUGAUGGGGCGUGGCCGCCUGCCCUGCCCACACCCGGCUCACCCUUUGUUUCCGUGCCAAUCCUGUGAGUGUCUCAGCGUCGCCGCCGGCCGGCAUGGCUGCCGCGCCGGGCUGGUUGUGUCAGCGUGCAGGGACGGUUAGCAAAUUCAUCAAAAGUUCAAUUAGGACACUCUGUUAUGUUGAAAAGUGAACGUCAUUUAUGGAAUUAUGAGAUCUUUGCAAUGUAAAUUUUUGAUCAUUAAUUAUUGUUGAAGAAGAGAAAAUGUUUUUAUAUUUUAUUUCUGCAUUGCAGAAUAAUGAUGUUACAUAUAUUUA